UUUAUAUUUAGCUAAUGGUGAAACAAAGCUAAUUUGUAUUCAACUUGCUGGCUUGUGUUGGAUUUUAUUCAGCUGAGCUACGGGAUAUUUGAUGGUUGGCGCCGCCACAGAGGCUCUAGGCGGAGUGGUGGCUAGAAAUCUAAUGGGGAAAUGCAUCCCUGAAUGAUCGAUGCACGAAGAGGCGGCAAUUGCAGGUACUCUCUUUUAUACUUCUUUUCCUAAUUUACCAGAUUAUUAUACCAUUUCACUAUCCACUUGUACACAUAAUGAUAAUUAUGCUAACAAUCACGUUUUAAAUUGAGUUCUUUUCCACGUACAGGAAUAGCAGUCAUAUUACUGAGUAUUACUUUACCUUUGCACUGUGAAAGAGAAUAAUUUCGAACUCUGGAGGAAGGAGAUGUUAUGUGUUUGUGGGCCAAAAGUGGGGUUUCUGCUCAAAGGCAAUACAAAAGACUUGCGUACUAGAGAUCUAUCAAGUAGAGGACCACAUUUCAUCAGCAUUAAAACCUCCACACGAGGCAGAAAAUGCAUAUUGAAGCAAACAACCAAAGUGGCAUGUGCUCACAAGGGCCCACACGAAAGAAAACAUGUAGUCAAAAUGUGUGGAAUCACAUCAGCUAGAGAUGCUGCUUUGGCAGCAGAAGCUGGUGCAGAUUAUAUAGGCAUGGUUAUAUGGCCUAACUCAAAGCGUUCUGUUUCACUCACUGUUGCAAAGCAAAUCUCUAAAGUCGCUAGGGAAUAUGGAGCAAGGCCUGUUGGGGUGUUUGUUGACGAUGAUGCCGAUACCAUACUGAAAGCGUCUGAUGCAGCAGAUAUUGAAUUGGUUCAGCUUCAUGGGAAUGGUUCACGAGAUGCUUUGCCAAUUCUGGUGAAGGAAAAGAAAGUAAUAUAUGUUCUUCACGUGAGUGAAGAUGGAGAACUUUUGAACACUAUUCCUGAUGAAGAGUCCUCUUUGGUUGAUUGGGUUCUAGUUGAUAGUGCUAGAGGUGGCAGUGGUAAAGGAUUCAACUGGAUAGUAUUUAAGCUACCUCCCAUCAGAAGUAAAUGUGGGUGGCUUUUGGCGGGAGGGGUUUACCCGGGAAAUGUAUGCGAAGCACUCUCUACUCUUAACCCACAUGGAGUUGAUGUAAGCAGCGGAAUUUGUGCUCCGGAUGGCAUCCAAAAGGAUAAGUUGCAGAUAAGUGCCUUCAUGAAUGCUGUUAAUUCUCUCUCAACCUAUAGUUGAUAUUGGUAGUAUUAGUCUUUCGUACUAAUAAGUUUCUGGAGUUGAGAGAUAUUACUCCAUCUGUGUCCCAAUGUAAUUGUCCGGUCCUUUUCUUGUCCAACCCACAAAGUUUGUGUUAACCUAUUCAUACUUUAAAAUUAAAUAUUGACACAUUAUUUCUCUUUUUAGUAUGUGUGUUCUAUGAUACUAGUAUCUGUUAUCAUGUUGCUCUAUGAUAUUUUGAUUUUUUGAUCUUUUAUUUCACAUUUUCAUUUACUUGCUCUCCUUUGCUCAGCUCAGGGAGAUAGGGCCCUAUGGCAUUAUCGCAUUACGGGCCCCGGCAGGGCCGGUUCAGAGCAGGUGCAAGGAACUCAACCACACAUGGCCCAUGAAAAUUGAAGGCCCAAAAAGUUAAUACAAUAGCCCAUAUACUCAAUUGUAAUUAAUGAGUUCAUAUACUCCAUCUGAUAAGCAACAAAUAAGUUUCAAAAUUCCAUCCGUUUGACAUUUACUCGUAUAAAUUGUGGCUAUUAUGUUAUUCUUAGGCUUUUAGUUUGAUUCGUUUGUGAAUUAAGUAUCUAUUAGGUUUGGAUAAUUUAUAAUUGAACUUAACAAAUUAUCAAAUUUAU